CGAUAAACAGAUGUCGCCUCCGGACAAAGGCGGAAAUACAUUCCGAGACGGAUAUUUCUAAAAUACACACACAAAAUAUUUAAAAUUUUAUUUCUACGCAGAGUGGGUUUCGCCUUGGAUUAAAAAAUAUAUAAAAAACGGUGAAAAUUUCCAAUAAAGCCGGUUAAAGUUUUCCACCGGUCGGCCGAUAUUAACGGCUUUGAGUUUACCGACCGCCGGCAAAUUUUAGUUUAAAUUAGAGCCCAGUUCGAUUAACAAAUUUUACCGUACACACAACGCUACAAUGAGAGGUGGGACGAUACCUUGGUUUUCAGAAAUUCAGGACAAGAAAGAAAACAUGACCGAGAUUCACGAUGCUUUGGUAUGGGAAGAGAAUGAGAUAUCUAAGAGCCCCAUUUCUGGGAAGAGGCUUGUACUUUCAAAUAAUGGGACAAAUAUAAUACCAUCAUGGGAUUCACAAAUAACAAAAACCGUUGAAAUAACACCAGAAGAAAAUGUGGUUGGCAACGGUUCUCCAGUAUUUGACAAGCCUUGGUGUCGCUACGAGACUCCUUACACCUACAACGUCAAUAUUUCUGAAGAUUUGAGCAAUACAGAGUUCAUAUUCCAGAAAUUUUUCCCUUAGAAAGAAAGAAAAAGUCCAUGUCCAAGUGUAAUGAGCUAAGGUGUCAGAGCUAAGCUUGUAAAAAUGAGAAAUGAAUAAAUUUGUAAAACUUAA